CUCAUUCCAACUCACUGCAUUUCAACUUACUAGCUCUUAUUGUUGACAUGGCUUCCAAAAACCAAGCCUCAAUUACCCUGUUCUUAUCACUGAAUCUCCUCUUCUUUGCACUUGUAUCUGGUAACAACAACUGUGGCACUUGUGGAAAUGGUGGCAGCUCUGGCAACGGCGGUGGCUCGGGCAACGGUGGUGGUGGUUCGGGCAAUGGUGGUGGAGGACAAGGAAGGUGUCCAAGAGAUGCUUUGAAACUUGGGGUAUGUGCUAAUUUACUUAAUUUGGUGAAUGUAGUGGUGGGGUCCCCUCCAACUUUGCCAUGCUGCAGCUUAAUUGCAGGGCUAGCAGACUUAGAGGCUGCAGUUUGCUUGUGCACUGCCAUAAGAGCAAAUGUGUUGGGAAUAAAUUUGAAUGUGCCACUUUCUCUAAGCCUCGUACUCAACAACUGUGGAAGGAACCCUCCUACUGGCUUUACUUGUUGAGCAGCAACUUCUUAAUUUCCAUCUAGUUUGUGUGAUCAAUGCUUGCCAAUGGCUAGAUCAGGCGUUAAUUAAUUUUUCGUCGUGCUUAAUUGUGAA